UCUCCGGUCGCGGAACGUUGCGUUCAAAGCGCAGAUCGCCAAGGAGCUGCUUGCCACGGUCUGGCCGCUCCUCGAGUCGCGCCAGAUCAAGCCCAUCAUCUACAAGACGUUUCCGCUGUCGGAGGCCACGGCGGCGCACCAGCUCAUGGAGUCGAGCGACCACGUGGGCAAAAUCAUGCUUCAAAUUGUCUAA